GAAAAAAACAAAAACAAUGGCCGAGCAAGACCCGCGCAUCCCGAUCCUCCUCCUCAAGACCCGCUCCACCCCGCACGACGGCUACGACGACUUCUUCACGAGCCAAAACUACAGCCCCGCCUUCAUCCCCGUCCUGGAGCACCACUUCCACACGCCCAACCUCCAACGCGUCCACGACCUGCUCGUGUCCGGGGGGCUCAGCGCGGGCCACCCCGCUCAAAGAUACGGCGGCAUCAUCUUCACAAGUCAGCGCGCGGUGGAGGGAUUCGCCCAGGUUCUCGAGGGGAUCGAUGCCCAAGACCCAAAGGAAUUAACCCCCCUAACCCUCCCCCUCUACACCGUCGGCCCCGCAACGCACCGCUCCCUCUCGACCUUGACAACCACCUACCUCCCCAACGCAACGCUGCACGGCCAGGACACCGGCACCGGCGAGGUCCUCGCGCAGUUCAUCCUAUCGCAUUACCCAGCCUACCCUAACAGCACCGAAAACCCAGAUGGGAACCACAACAGCACCAGCACCAGCACAGCAGACCCCCCAGCCCAGACCCAGACCCCGAACCCCAAUGCACACGCAAGAAAACCCCUCCUCUUCCUCGUCGGCGAAACGCGCCGCGACAUCAUCCCCAAGACGCUGAUGGACGCGGCGCUGCGGCCCGAAGCCCGGAUCCCCGUGCACGAGCUGGUGGUCUACGAGACCGGGGUGAUGGCGGGGUUUGAGGAGGCGUUUGGGGAGCGGGUUCGCGCUCUACAGAAAAAACACGACCCGGUCUGGACGGUGGUGUUUUCGCCGACGGGGUGUGAGGCGAUGGUGCGGGUGUUGGAGAACGUGGAUGCUGCUUCGUCGUCAUCGUCGCCCGAUACCAGCAACCGGAAAUUCUUUGUGGCGACUAUUGGUCCCACGACGAGGGAUUAUCUUAGGAAUCGGGUCGGGUUCGAACCGGAUGUCUGUGCGGAGAAGCCUAGUCCUGAGGGGGUUGGGAGGGGGAUCCAGAGGUUUAUGGAGGAGUAUAGGGCAAGGAAUACUGAGUAA